GGUCUGGGUAGAGUGGUGAGAGAUGUGUGAGUGCACAGAGGUCGCAGGUGUAUGACUGAGUUUGACAGCAUGCUUGUACAGCAACCUUGAAGCUGGGUUCAAGAAAACAAAACAAGAAAAGAUCCUCUCUCUCCAUAAUCUACCAACCCAUGAAAACCUUCCCUGGACCUUCUGUAGUAACAAAGCGUCCCAUGUCAGGGGGUGACAGGCAGGCCAGGAGUAAAGCCGAUCAGGGCCACAGGCAACAUCUCCAGUUGCUGAUAAUGCAAUUCCACAUCUACUUCCUGAUUUAUGGGUAAUGCUGGUCAGAGGCCCAUCUUUGUCUUCGGAGAGGUCCAGACCCCCAUUUCCCUGAGGCUGCUGGUGAAUCCUGUGGCAGGUUGCAAUGCCAUCUUUGGGGAUCAUGGUUGCCCUCACUUUCCUCUGACAGUCUUUGCAGGGAAAAUGGAAGGUGUCUGUGUCAGGGCCAUGGUCGGGAAAGAACUCAGCCACAUGCUGUACACACACAUGCCUGUACCCAUGCUGUGUGUGUAUUAGAGGUUGUUAGCCUACGUCCUAGACAGCAUGUUGGCCAGGUUUUUUUUUCCAGCAAGUCCAUCAGUGGCCACUCCAGCCAUUCCAGUUCAUAUACACUCCCUUCUUGUAUGCAGGGCCCAUAGCCCAGAACUUCUUCCUCCACCAUGUGACAGCCAAGCAAGGGGCCCAACCUUAGCACCCCAUUAGGUAGAGCUUUUCACAGCCCUGGUGCAUAAUCAUAAUGUGUAGUGGCAUGACUUACAAUGAGGGGAGCAGGGGCACAUGGCCAUACCAGGGGCUACUUGGACAUUGAUGGGGGCAAGGGAGAAGUUUUCAUCUCUGGCAUGUGCUGGUUAAUUUUUAAGAUAUUUCAGGAUAGAAAUGGUUGAGAAACGCAAGUAUGAAGAAUUGUUAGAAGACAGAGUAGGUGUGAGGUCUCCUCAGACUGUUACCUAUUCCUCCUUCUGAAUGUAUGUCACUAAUUUUUCUCUUGGGCUCGAUACCUCCUGAUCUAAUAAUAAUAAUGGCAAUGAUGUCCCUUACACCCACCCCAUUCUUACAGCAGCCCCGAUGGUGCCCCUUUCACAGAUGAGGAUUCUGAGGCCCACAUUAUUUGCUCAGCCCAUCAGCAACCAUGCUGAUGCUAGAACCAAGGUCCUCCUCAUACCGACCUUUGUCUGUCCUUAUUGGUCUGCCCUCUCCUAUUAGCUGUCCCAGAGCCAUUUCCUUUCACUGGCUCUGCCUCUUUCCCCACUUUCUCCCUGCCCCCUGAGAUAUCCAUCCACAGACCUGUCUCCCAGGACCUGUUGGGUGGAUGGAUGCCUUAUGUGGCUGAUUGAGGGCUUUAAGGACCUGGGUCUCGCUUUAUAUCCUGAAGGGAGAUCCAGCAAAUGAGCAUGGUCAAGUUUGUUCUGUCAAUGAUGGUUUGGGGAUGGGCCUGUUCAAAGACAGGGGUUUACAUGAGCUUAUGGUCUCCCCUACCCAUUCUGGUAAGCCCUGUGUGACCUUUUCAAAUCUACAUGAUGGCCUCGGGAAGCAGAUGCACUUUCCCUCUCUCAGUCACCACCCCAACUUCAUUAGAUCCUCGGGACAGGGAGCUUUCUCAGGUCUGACACAUUUGGAAGGAGGCUGAAGGUGGUGGCUCCACAUACAAGGUCCCUGCACUCAAUAGGUAUUUAUUAAGUAGUGUGAAUCACUUAACAAAUAAAGUCCAAGAGUUCCCUGAGGUAGUUGGGCCAUGGUGGUAUGAUCACUCCUUACUUGGAAAUGAUUGCUAGGCACUGACCUUGGGCCGACACAGACCUGGACUCUGAAACAGAACCAACCCCAGCCUUAGACAGGUGAGCACAAAGGGAAUUUCCAGGUCAUUAGGAAUCUGGGGAAUGAGGAUGGCUUGGGUUUAGACAGAAAGGUAGGUCUUUGGGGAUGCUCAGGCAUUGAGAAAAGUGGCGUGGUGGGAGGGCAUAAAGAUGGCCAAGGGAAGUAGGGAGGAAGCAGCCCAGGCUGGAGAUAAAGCUCUAAGAGUAGAGGUUGGCACAGUGUUGCAAAUCCCUGUCUGUGGAGGCUCAGCUGCUGCUCUGGGAAGUUUGAACUUGAUCUGGCUGGCAGCGGGGAGCUAUCAUGCCUGCAAUCACACACACAUACACAUGUACAUGUGCAUCUCGUGACAGUGUGCUUUGGACAAUACGGACUUGUAUGUGAGCAUGAGUGUGCUUGUGCCACACACACAAGGACCUUUAUUCUGGCAUCCAUUCAGGGUCUCCCUCACAGAAACCAACAAGGUGGGGGGCGGGCUACAUUAGUCCUCACUCUCAGGAUCCUAUAAUGUACAGGGCUGUGGCCCACACAUGCAAGCAUAAGAGCAGGUUGGGGACCCUCCCCCACCCGGGGUGCAGACUCAUGUGGCAUUCACAGACUUAAUCCACCGCAGUGAGGGCAGGGAGGCAGCAUCUGUCACUUUCACAAACACAAGCAGCAGAGUCUGAGAGAGCCACAUUCCACUUGCUGACAACUGCUUGAGAAACAGACGCCUGUACUGCACUGCCCCCCAUGCCCAAAACAGAGACGGCCCCUCAUUACCCCCCACCCCAAGCCCAGGCCAAUACACCAAGUCAGUCCUACAUUAAAGCGCACACGCAUGCACACACACACACACACACGAAGCACAGCCCCUGACAUUCUGUCUCCCCAUAUGCACAACCAUAUACUCAGGCAUUCUGACUUUAAGCACAGCUACUGACGACUUCCUAACCCUUUAUUCACACACAGACACACACUCGUCUUGACUUAAAGCACAGCUAUAGCCAUCCCACCACCCAUACACAUAUACCUUCUAGCGGACUUCCACACAUACUCAAACACACAGCCUCACAAUCCACCAGAACCACUGUGGCCAGCGGUCAUUGAAGAAUGACAGCCUGAGCAGUGUGCUGAGGGGAGGGUCGCCCUGAGGCAUGGACCAAGGGUCAUAGAACAGGGUACAUCAGAAUCCUUUGAGGAAAAGGUCAGGCCAACCCCAAAAGGGUUCCAUUGGUCCGGACGGUUCUGCCAGGUAAGGGAGAUUCAACAAAUGCAGGCCAGAGGCAGGAGUCGGCUAAUGGCCGAGGCCGCCGAUGGCCGAGAUGGCUGGUCAGCGAGGAGGGGAGGCUCGACAAUUGAUGUGACUCAGAGCUGGACAAAUGAUGGCGCAUUUGGCUGAAGCUGGCUGGGGGGCCCAAGACUAGAGACCAGGCAGCCAUUCUCACCUCUGUAGGGAAAGGGCCACAUCAGGCUCUGUUGCAGCAGGGUGGGUUUUCCAGCCUGGCUCCACCGUGUAUCCUGCCUGCCAUGUGUAUCUUGGGGUCUUUGUAUGUGUGCAUGUUUGUCUGCAUAUGUGUUCAUAUAUUUAUCUGCAGUUGUCAGUGUGUGCCUACCUCCGUAGAACUUUGUGUCUUUGGGACUUUUGGUGUGCAUCUAUGUGUGUGCCUUUGUGUUUGUGUUUACUUGUGUAUAUAUGUGUACAUGCCUACCCACAAAGUGUUCAGGGACAUUUCUUGUUAGACUGUGCAUUUUUGUGUCCAUGUGUGUGUUUGUGUCUAUUGAAUGUGUAGACAUCUUUCUUAUUGUGAGACACUAUGCACUCUUGAGCAUUUGUGUGUGUAUAUAUGUGUGUGUGUGUGUAUAUAUAUAUAUUUUUUUGGUGUUAAGGUGAAGGUUAGGGUAGGGAAGAUGUGAUGGGUCUGGCUCUGCACUCUAUGACAUCCAUGCAUCUGAUGGCCCACAAGGCCAUCUUUGUGCAUCUAUUUGAGCCUCUGUCUAGGUGUUGGCGGGCAUGGGCUUAUGUGCUUGCCUGUUUCAGAGUUUGAAUUAUCUGUGUGUCCACAGCAGCAUCUCCCUAUGAGCAUGGCUGUGGGUGGAGUGGGCCAGACUACGAUGAGAGGGGCAUCUCCCUGAAUCUCAUCAGACCUCUGGAGGGGGUCACACAACCCAUGCUGAGCCUGGCUGGGAUCCAGCAGCACGGCACACUGCAGACCACCCCUCCUCCUCCUUUUCCCCCCAUGACCUUUGAGCACAGCAGCCCCAAAUACAUAUUUAUCAGAGGGGCUGUGGGGACCAGCCCCUCCCCCACCACUCCCCUCAGGGCCCAGCCUGCCUGGCUGUGGAGAAAUUAACCUUGUGACACAGGAGCUCGUCGACACCCCGGCCCCCUCCCCAUCUGCGAGGCACAUAUGAGCAAGGCUGUGUGUGUGUGUGUGUGUGUGAGAGAGAGAGAGAGAGAGAGAGAGAGAGAGAGAGAAAAGGUACUCAUCCAGCCUGGGAAGGCAGCAGCAGAUAGGGGAAGAAAGGCAGACAGGUACACAUGCACACAUGUUUGUAUCACCCCUGAUACACACACACACACAUACACACACACACACACACACACAUACACACUCACCCUCACCAAACUAGAGAGGCCACAUAAAUCUUGAACAUACACAGGCAAAUACUGAAAUACAUGUGCAUGAAGACAAAUGCCAUGAUCCUGCAAGAGACAUACACACAGAUUCUGAAACACAUGAUAGCCAUGUGCACCCCUGGGUCCCGAGACCCAGGUACCCAUAUUUUAGGUCAGAGAUUCUCUAAGAAAACUCGUAGAUACUAAACCCUGCAGAUGCACAUAGACAUUUGUGUAUUUGUCCACAGAGUUGCCAAAAUGGACACACCAGGUUGGGAAAUAAGGAUAAACACAUAUUCAGACACAGGUAUGAAAACCCAGAUGUUGGUGCAGGCAUGUAGGUGUUGAGACCUCUCAGGGCAAGACAGACACCAACACACCAUGCUCCUUGUGUAGAGAUUUGUUUUUUAAUAGAAAAUGUACAAAUAGAGAUAAUAAAACAUGGCAGCAUCCCAGCCUACAUGCCUGUGGGUGCACACAGGCCACAUUCCAAGAUCCUACAAGGAGGCCACACAGGGUGACUGAAAGGGCUAUGCCCUGAGUUAUAGCACACAAACACCCCCCCAGGCUAGCUUCAUCCCCUUAAAGCAAAACUAAACAGGUAGAUGUUCAAGUUUAAAAAUGUGAAUAGAAUUAAUUAACUCAUCACAAAGGUACUGAGCCCCUAUAGGAGUCAGGCCCUGUCUUAGAAGCUGAGGAAAUAGUGGUUUACAAGACAGACCUGGGCCUUGCUCUCUAAGAGCUCCAAGCCAACAGGACUGGCACUGAUCAGACCUCAGUGUAUAGUUAGUUAUAAAUAGAGAUAGCAUCUGGGAAGGAGAGGAAAAAGGGGCUACAGGAGGGCAUCAUGGGAGAAACUGGUUUAGAUUGGUGGGCCAGGUGUAACACCUCUGAGGAAGUGACAUUUAAGUUUGGCAUCAGACACAACGCACAGAUUCUAAAUGUGUACACGUAUCCCUCCUGAAACUCACAGAGGCCGCACAGGCAUAAAUAAUGCAGCACUCAGAUGCCCCUACCCUCACCUCACUAUGCCAUACUUGUCCCACUAGAAAACUCCUUUGGCAUGUCCCUAGGUGGGAAAUGGUUUCCCUCCACCUGGGGCCCAGGUUCUGGGGACUGGAUGAGGUGCACAAAGCAUUCUGGGGCAGUGCUGAGUGGGGAGCCCAGGAGGAUUCACCAAGGAGGAGACAUGGAGAGGGUGAUUAGGUGCAGAGAAGAGAGACAGAAGACUUUCUUUUUUUUUUUUUGAGACGGAGUUUCGCUCUUGUUACCCAGGCUGGAAUGCAAUGGCACAAUCUCAGUUCAUCGCAACCUCCGCCUCCUGGGUUCAGGCAAUUCUCCUGCCUCAGCCUCCUGAGUAGCUGGGAUUAUAGGCACGCACCACCAUGCCCAGCUAAUUUUUUGUAUUUUUAGUAGAGACGGGGUUUCACCAUGUUGACCAGGGUGGUCUCGAUCUCUUGACCUCGUGAUCCACCCACCUCAGCCUCCCAAAGUGCAGGAUUACAGGUGUGAGCCACCGCGCCCGGCCCGACAGAAGACUUUCUAAAUGGAGGUGUUAGGCUGGGCAAGGGCACGGAUGUACGAACAAGCGUAGACUGUUCCCAACAAUCAUGUAAGGUCCAGGGUCACGGGACCUUCAGGAGGACUGAGAGGAGACUUUACAUGAUUGGGAAGGGCUGUGAGGCUUAGGAUUUAUUCUGGGCAUACCACAUAACCACAAAGUGGUUUUGAGAAAGGACUAGAUAGGGCGUGUGAGCCAGAUACCAAGUCUGAUCUCUCUGAGUCUUGUGUGGGGGUAGAACAGGAUGGGUAGCCCCUGGGGGAAGGGAUCCAGUGAGCAGGCCACCAGUCACAAGGCCUUCUGUUCUACCUGUCCAGUCUGGGAACCCUGGACAAGGCCUGGCAAGGGAGGUGCAGACUACCUUUGCCUUGCCCCCAGCCCCAUAUCUUGGCCACUGCUACGACUUGCCCCCAAAUAGAGAUUUGCUAGGGGAUAGGGGUCAGGGGCUAUAGUUCCCCUUAGUUCCUAUUGAUAUUCUGCUGAUUUCUGAGCCUCCUGUGGCCAGGCCUGAGCUGCAUGCCCAGUCACACAGUUGAGUCAGAUCUUUCCGUGUUCCAGAGGAGUCUUCAGUCUGGGGAGGUUGACCCUGACAAAGCCCUGUCAAGGGACUUCAAGGGCUUACUGAGGGCUUCUUGGGCUUGUUCUUGGAGAAUGAAUGGGUCAGAAGGCUCCAUGGGGUAUAUGGGCAAUGGGUGAGGAUGGAGCCUGGUUUGUGAAGGUGAGACCAACCUUCUGUGGGGUACACCUGCCACAGAGAGAGCCUGUCAUUUUUCCCAAAAUUAGCCACUAUGACUGGCUAAUUUUUUUAUUUUUGUAGAGACAGGGUUUCACCAUAUUGGCCAGGCUGGUCUUGAACUCCCGACCUCAGGUGAUCUGCCCGCCUCAACCUCCCAAAGUGCUGGGAUUACAGGUGUGAGCCACUGCACCCAGUCAAUAGCAGCAUCUUGUAAGGCACUCUCUCCCUGCUUUAUUUUCCUUCUUAGCUCUUAAAUAUAUUUUCUUGUCUAUGGUAUCUCUUCCUCCACUAGAAGGUGGAUUCCACGAUGGCAGGGACUUUGUCUUGUACAUAGUUGUAUCCGUAGUGUGUAGCACAGUGCCUAUAACAUGAUAAGUGCUCAUUGGGUGUUCUUUUAAAUGAACUGAAGCCAGAUUCCCUGUCACCUACUUGCUCAAUAUAAUGGUGGAGGUAGAUGUCUGCUGUGUCAGAUAAGGGUAGCGGAGCUCAACUUCAGGGGGGCUGCACCUACCAGUGCUGGAGGGGUACAUUGGCAAGUGAGUUCACCUCCUACCUGACCCUCAAAGCACCAUCAUCAUCCUGGGCCUAUAUGCUCCCAUCCUACACCCUCAUCUCCCUCACAACACUCCCCUCACUCCAACCAACUCCUGCUUACUCCCAUUGUCAGAUCUGCUCACCCCCCAACACAGGCUGCUGCCCUUCCCCUCCUUCACCUCCAGCAUACACUCUGAUGGCCUCCGCCCCCAGACACAAAGGAGGGAAGACCACAGACUGUGGAGUCAGACACACCCGGCUUUGAGUCACAUCACUCCUUUUAAGCCUCGAGUUUCCUUGUCGGCAAAAUAAGGUUUUUGUGGGGAUGAAGAGCAGUGGCACGUGUGAUGAUGACGCUAAUAAUAGCUGCUAUUUAUUGAGUACCUGCCAGGUGUUAAGCAUUGUGCGAGGUGCUUUGAACUUUUUUUUGUUGUUCAUUUUAAAAAAUGGAGGAAAAAAAACCUCUGAGCAUGGUAUGUCCCCAGAGCAUGAGACCUGGUGCCCAGUGCUGUGAAUGACAAAAAUGAACAGAACCCAUCUGCACAGAGCUUACUAUUCCAGUGUGUGCACACACAUACCCGAAGUGUCACACCAGUCAGGUGAUUGGGGGCUUACGCUCCUGUAUGUGAUGCUUUUCUGUAGAAGCCCAAAGAGAUAGUUUGGGGGCCAUUGAAGCAGCAACUCUCAGAGAUAAGGGGCCAUCCCCAGGCAUCCUUAAUUACCCUUUACCAACCUAAUGGGAGCUUUCAUUGUUUAUAUCUGGAUUGCAGGGCCCAGCAUGAGAUCUGGCUUAGAAUUGGCCUCAGGGAAUGCUUACUGAAUGAAUGAAUGAAUGAACAAAGGAAUAUAUUUAGCUGAGUGUCUUCAUUGCAUUUAUUCAUUUGCUCAGAUUACCAAGACAUACAUUCUCCCUUCCCCACCCACCACCUUCACUUGCUACUCACAGCAUUUGUGGCUGCUGAUGGUAAUACUAUUCAUUUCUCCCACUCAUUGCCCCUUUUUUGUGUGUCAGGCCUUUUGCUAAGUUCCCUAGAAGCAUGGGAUUGUUGGCUUCUCGCAUCAGCAAAAUGAGGCAGCUAUUAUUAUUAUUAUCUUCAUGCUAUCUUUGUGCAAACUAAAGCUCAGAGAGGUGAAGUGACUUACCCAGGGCCACACAGUGCGGCAGUGGCUGACCUAGUGUUUACCCACUGUGCUUUUCCGCCCCACAGAAGUGCACAUUCUCUCAGUGGUCUGCAUGCACACUAGUUCUUGCAGUUUUCCCCCUCCCAGUAGUUGGAUGGCACUAUGUAGGAUGCAGGAGUCCAAAGGCCCAGCUUCUGGUCCCAGCUGUGUCAUGACCAGUUGAGCAGCUCUGGGAAAAUCCCUUCCCUCCCUCUGGGUCUUGGUUUUCCCUCCAGCAGUUUCUCCUGUCUGUAAGCCCUCAGCCAGUUUCCUGAAGAGGGGACAGGGGACUAUAUUCGGCUCGGUGCUACCCUACCCACUCUAUUGAGAGUAGAAGCCAGAGGAGUGAGCUCUUCUCUAUUCAGUGGACUUCAAAUUCAUUCACAUUCUUGAAGGCACUGAACUCUGCUGGGUUUGGACAUAAGGGAGGACGGAAGACAAGCCUGGCUGGGAAAGGGAGAGGGGAGCAGAGAAACAGCACUCAUUGUGCUUCCACUGAGCACCUAGCCACUGCCUGCCAAUUACAGACAAAUGGUGUGACGCAUGUUCAUUGUAGAAAUAACAGAAAACACAGAAAUUCAGUGAGAUGAGAAGAAAAUGACUGUUAAUAAUCUAGUUAAGCGAACAGCAAAAAAGACAUUAACUUUUCGGUGUCUAUCUUUUUUUUUUUUUGAAAUAGCCUGUCACCCAGGCUGGAGUGCAGUAGAGAGAUCUUGGCUCACUGCAAACUCUACCUCCCAGGUGCAAGCGACCCUCCCACUUCAGCCUCCCAAAUAGCUGAGACUAUAAGUAUGUGGCACCACCACACCCAGCUAAUUUUUGUAUUUUUUGUAGAGAGAGUCUUGCUAUGUUGCCCAGGCUGGUCUUGAACUCCUGGGCUCAAGGGAUCUGCCCACCUCAGCCUCCCAAAGUGCUGGGAUUACAGACGUGAACCAUUGCGCCUGGACUGUCUGUCCUAGAUAGCUUUUUGUCCCCAAAGGGGACUAUGCCUAUGAAUUUAUCCAAAGAACUUAUUAAAAUUUAGAUACCUGGGACCCAAACUCAGAUUUUUAAAUUUUUUUUGACAUGGAGUCUCACACUGUCACCUGAGCUAAAGUAUGAUGGUGUGAUCUUGGCUCAGUGCAACCUCUGCCUCCCAGGUCCAGGCGAUUCUCCUGCCUCAGCCUCCACCUGCCAACACACCCGGCUAAUUUUUUGUAUUUUUAGUUGGCCAUACUGGUCUCGAACUCCUGACCUUGUGGUCUGCCUGCCUCGGCCUCACAAAGUGCUGGGAUUACAGGCGUGAGCCACCACACCUAACUUUUUUUUUUUUUGAGCCAGAGUGUCACUCUGUUGUCCAGGCUAGAGUGCUAGAGUGUAGCGGUACAGUCUCAGCUCACUACAACUUCUGCCUCCCAGGUUCAAGAGAUUCUCCUGCUUCAGCCUCCUGAGUAGCUAGGAUUACAGGUGCCUGCCACCACACCUGGCUAAUUUUUGUAUUUUUAGUAGAGAUAGGGUUUUACCACGUUGACCAGACUGGUCCAAACUCAGAAUUCUGAUUUCUGUUCCAAAUUUAUUUAUUUUUGGUGAGGGGAAGCAUCUGGAUGUGUAUUUUGUAAAAAUGGGAUGAUAUGCUACAUACUUGUUUAUAACUUGCCUAUUCUUCUUCCUAACAACAGAUUAGGAACAUGGUUCCCUUGUCAAUGAUUUUAUUUCAUGGUAUGAGCUGAGAGGAGUGUUAAAAAAAAGAAUGUAUUUUGGGCAUGUUUUUUAGUACUUUACAGUCCUUCUUUGUGUGGGUGCUAUACCAUCAUUUAUUAUACCAAUCCCCACUCAUAGGACUUCUAGGCUGUUUUCUGUUUCUCCUGUUAUAAUUAUCCCCUGUUAAUAGCUGAAGACAUUGAGGCUCGGAUGUGAAGCUUCUCUUAUAUGUAAAAAGCUAAGGCACGGUCAGAGGGGAGCUGGGGAUGGCUUGGGUGCUGGCAACAGUCCCUGGCCUGCCUCAGGGAGGGACUGAGGGACUGGGUAGAGGAAGCCCCCAAGAUAUAAGACAUGUGACAUGUCGGAGGGGAGGCAGGGGCCCUUGAGGAGGAGACCACCCUUUUCCAGGCGCUAGAACCAGGUGUGAUUCCGGCUUAAGCCCUGCCGCCCUCAGGCUUCCCUCUUCCCUUCCACUGCCCCCCUCCCUGAGCCCAUUCACUGCCUGCUCCAUCCUUGCCAGCUUAUCAAUAGGUUAAGUGGUCAGGUCAGUGAUAUUGACCAUUUGAUUAGGACCUUGUCAGAUCAAUCCCUGACUCAUCUUGUGGGCCUCCUCCCCUGCCCACACACUCCUUCCUGUUCUGCGCCAGGGAGCAGGUGGCCAUAGAAGCCUCUGCCCUCCCCACACAGCACCCCAGAACCAGGAACCCCAUGGCCCUUUGUGGGUCAUUCCUGGUCCUCUGUCUAGGUGCCCAGUUCCAGUACCUUCUCCUUGCAUCCAACUAUCUUGCUCAUAGUCAUUAGAUCUUGUUUGCUGUAUGUCCCCUGCCCCUUGGAGUCUAGUCAGCUAGAGCUGCCCCCACUUGGCUGUAUAACCUUGAGCAAGUAACUUUACCUCUCUGAGCCUCCAUUUUCCACAGCAGUGUCGUGGGAUGACACUCACCAAACAAAUGUGAGAUGCUGAGAGAUCACACCUGCAGAACAGUGGCCCACCCCUGGUGCAUGACCAGCAAUCAGGAAAUGCCAGUACUGAUGCGUCUGUUCUCGACUGGACCGGGUUGGUGGCCUGAAUGUAUUAGCUUCGCUGCGUCUGCCCAAGAGAAAUAAGAAUGUCUAAGCCCCUGGAGGCCGAGAAGCAAGGUCUGGACUCCCCAUCAGAGCACACAGACACUGAAAGAAAUGGACCAGACACUAAUCAUCAGAACCCCCAGAAUAAGACCUCCCCAUUCUCCGUGUCCCCAACUGGCCCCAGCACAAAGGUGGGCAUUCUCUCUGGCCUCCACUUAACAUUCUGGGGUCCCGGACCCUGCCUCUCUCCCCCCCAGAUCAAGGCUGAAGACCCCAGUGGUGAUUCAGCCCCAGCAGCACCUCUGCCCCACCAGCCGGCCCAGCCUCAUCUGCCCCAGGCCCAACUCAUGUUGACGGGCAGCCAGCUAGCUGGGCUCACGGCGCUGAUGCCAGCCCAGCAGCAGCUCCUCCUGCAGCAAGCCCAGGCCCAGCUCCUGGCCGCCGCCGUGCAGCAGUCCAGUGCCGCGGCUGCUGCUAACGCCGCUGCCGCCGCCGCCUCCGCCUCUUCCUCCACUUCCUCCUCCUCCUCUUCUGCCUCCUCCUCGACCUCACAGCCCCCAGUCUCCUCUGGGGGGGGUGACCUGCCGCCACCACAGCCUGCCAGCCAGCCCUCUGGGACCCCACAGCUCACCUUGUCCCAACCCAUCCAGCUCACAGCACAGGACAUACAGCAGCUCCUCCAGCUCCAGCAGCUGGUGCUUGUGCCAGGCCACCACCUCCAGCCACCUGCUCAGUUCCUGCUGCCGCAGGCCCAGCAGAGCCAGCCAGGCCUGCUACCGACACCAAAUCUAUUCCAGCUACCUCAACAAACCCAGGGAGCUCUUCUGACCUCCCAGCCCCGGGCCGGGCUUCCCACACAGGCCGUGACCCGCCCUACGCUGCCCGACCCGCACCUCUCGCAUCCGCAGCCCCCCAAAUGCUUAGAGCCACCAUCCCACCCCGAGGAGCCCAGUGAUCUGGAGGAGCUGGAGCAGUUCGCCCGCACCUUCAAGCAACGCCGCAUCAAGCUGGGCUUCACACAGGGUGAUGUGGGCCUGGCCAUGGGCAAGCUCUACGGCAACGACUUUAGCCAGACGACCAUUUCCCGCUUUGAGGCCCUCAACCUGAGCUUCAAGAACAUGUGCAAACUCAAGCCCCUCUUGGAGAAGUGGCUCAACGACGCAGAGACUAUGUCUGUGGACUCAAGCCUGCCCAGCCCCAACCAACUGAGCAGCCCCAGUCUGGGUUUCGACGGGCUGCCCGGCCGUAGACGCAAGAAGAGGACCAGCAUUGAGACAAACGUCCGCUUCGCCUUAGAGAAGAGUUUUCUAGCGAACCAGAAGCCUACCUCAGAGGAGAUCCUGCUGAUCGCCGAGCAGCUGCACAUGGAGAAGGAAGUGAUCCGCGUCUGGUUCUGCAACCGGCGCCAGAAGGAGAAACGCAUCAACCCCUGCAGUGCGGCCCCCAUGCUGCCCAGCCCAGGGAAGCCGGCCAGCUACAGCCCCCAUAUGGUCACACCCCAAGGGGGUGCGGGGACCUUACCAUUGUCCCAAGCUUCCAGCGGUCUGAGCACAACAGUUACUACCUUAUCCUCAGCUGUGGGGACGCUCCACCCCAGCCGGACAGCUGGAGGGGGUGGGGGUGGGGGCGGGGCUGUGCCCCCCCUCAAUUCCAUCCCCUCUGUCACUCCCCCACCCCCGGCCACAACCAACAGCACAAACCCCAGCCCUCAAGGCAGCCACUCAGCUAUCAGCUUGUCGGGCCUGAACCCCAGCACGGGAAGCACAAUGGUGGGGUUGAGCUCUGGGCUGAGUCCAGCCCUCAUGAGCAACAACCCUUUGGCCACUAUCCAAGCCCUGGCCUCUGGUGGAACCCUGCCCCUUACCAGCCUUGAUGGCAGCGGGAACCUGGUGCUGGGGGCAGCCGGCGCCGCCCCGGGGAGCCCUGGCCUGGUGACCUCGCCGCUCUUCUUGAACCAUGCUGGGCUGCCCCUGCUCAGCACCCCACCUGGCGUGGGCCUGGUCUCAGCAGCGGCUGCGGCCGUGGCAGCCUCCAUCUCCAGCAAGUCUCCUGGCCUCUCCUCCUCAUCAUCUUCAUCCUCAUCCUCCUCCUCCUCCACUUGCAGCGAGGCAGCAGCACAGACCCCUGGAGGCCCAGGGGGGCCCGAGGCAGGGUCCAAACCUGAGUGAGGGCCAGCCAUGCCUCCCCUCCCACUCCUCUGACCCCCGCCUUGGUCUCUUGCCUGGGAAGAGGGUAAGGAGGCCAGUGGUGGGGACACAGAGGGUCCUCGGAGCAGGAGUGACAAGGGAGGAAAGACCAAAAAAACCAACCAACCAAAAAAAAAAAAAAAGGAAAGAAACUAACUAACCAACAAAAGAGAAAACCAAAAAUAAUCACAACAGAAACCAGCUGCCCCAAAGGAACCAGAGGUGAAAAACAAAACAAAACAAAACCAAAAAAAAAAAACCCACAAAAUCAAACAAACCAAAAAACCAGUCUCGAGCCAGACCUCAGUGUGCUCACACCCUCACUGCUAUGACACCAAAUAAGAACCCCAGCCAGGGGCGGAGAAGCCUCCAGCAGGUCAGACCUCAUUGCCACCAAGCCCUGGCUGUGGGGCCAACCCCCAACCCUGCCUCCCCCAGUGGGGGCUACAGAAGGAAAAAGAGAAGAUGCCAGCUUCCUAGUCCUGGCCCCCAGCCCUGGGCCAGCAAAGACAGGGCACAGUCUAGGCAGAUGGGCUGGGGCUCAGCACCACCCGCCAAAUGUUCUUUUCUGAAAGGUGAAAGAGAAAGGGCCUGAACAACCUUACACCAAAUAUUCAGUAGCUUCAUCCAAAGGAUGUACAGAAUUUUUAGCGUUGUGCUCAACAGAAUGUGUCCCUACCAUGUGUCCCCUUCUCCCCUGGCCCCCAGCUCUCCCCACUUGGGCAGGGGGUCUUGCUUUAACCUCCUCCCUCCCCCCAGCCAGGGGAGAGUUCAAGGGAAGGCCUGGGGAUGACUUUUCAUCCCCUCUUCCUCCCUCUUUUCCCCUUUGAAGGGUGAGCUAGGCCAUUUUGCCAAGUUCUAGCUCUCACAAGUUCCUCCUCAACCCUGUCACCCUCCUCUGUUCUGGAAUCAACCCCCUCCCCAGCCUAUGGGAUGGUGGAAGUUUCAGGCAAGAGGGGAUGAAGGCAUUCAGUUGUCUUUUUCCAUCCUGUCUGUCAGUUUCCCUAAAAAAGAAAAUUCAUAUUCCAGUGCCUAUCCGUGGGAUCCUUCACGUUCUUUGACAUUAACCAGAAACCAAAAAGAGAACUCGCCUCACUUUUCCCAUCCCGUGCCCCUCUGGUACUGGCGAAUGCCUCUCCCUCCCCACACAUGCACACACGCACACACCCCAGUGGUGGGGUUCCUCGAGAUGGCAUCCCCAUCAGGGUCCAUGUGUGGGGACAGUGCCACAGCCUGUGGUCCCUAUCUGAAAAGGCACGGUGGUGGCCACUACUCCCAUGAGACCUCCACGAGUCUUGGCUGGACCCUGUGUUUGCCCAGCCCCGGACACAUCUCCACUGAUGACGGACAGAGGAGAGACGCCACUGGGAGCCACCCUGCCCUCCUGCUAUUGUGGAGGCCAACAAAGUUUUGAACCAAAAAACAAAAACAAAACCAAACAAACAAUAAAUUUAAACUAGAAAAAAGAAUUUAUAUAUAUCUAAAAGGGAAAGAAGAUGAGGACUCUUCAAGAAUAAGAUAGAGCCGUGAAGCGGAGCCAAGCCCCUGCACCGGUGGUCCAGGCCCUUGGUCCCCAACGCGGACAGAAGGACGGAUGCUUCUUUCUCUUCACAAAUACCUCAUGGAUGUCGUCUUUGGGAAAGCUGGAGGGGGCGGCUGAGGCAAGCCUGUCCCUCGGCCAGGGCAGAUGGAAGCGGGUGGGUGGGGCUGAGAGGGUGUCAGGGACAGGGGUGAAGAGCCCUAACUACCCCCCCGCAAUCAACUGAAAAAGCUUUAAAAAAAGAAAAGAAAAAAGGAGCAAGCAAAAAGAACGGACAAAGGAAAACUAACAACUUUCGGGUGGUUUGAUUCCUCCUUUGAUUUCUUUUUCAGUUCUCUUCUGUCUUUUCUUCUUCCCUCCUUCCUCUCUCCUCUCUUUCCCUUUGCUCUCCUCUCUCCUCUCUCAAUCUUGUUCUUUCUGUGUCUCUCCUCAAACCAAAGUGUUGCAGUGAAGGACGCGAGCCAUUGAAAUCAGGGUGGGGCCUGGCAGCGCAGUGUGGCCCCCGCCCCUCACUGGGCAGGAGCAGAGGGAGGGGAGAGCCCUGAGACUGCAGGGCCACAGCCUGGGCAGCUUCCACUUUCUCCUGGACACUCUUGAGGAGAGGCAGAUGGAGCCCCAGGCCUCAGCGUUCUCUUUUUUUCUUGUCUCCCUUCUCCCACCUGGGAAAUGAAACUGUUGGGCUGGGCCAUGGAGGCAGCAGAGACUCGGCCAUUGCAGGGGCCUCCGGGUGCCUUGUCCGGGCAGUGGUGGAGUAGUCGCCCCCCCACCCCUGGCACGAUGGGGCCUGGCACCUCGUCGACCCAUCCUCGCCGGAAUGUAAGCAUCUCCGAUGAAUGACUCCCUGCCCUUACCCUACCUCUGAGUUUGUCCAUGUUUAUUUCCUGAAGAGAGAAGGGACUGGCAAGAGGGCUUGGGCCCCAGCCCAAGGGUGAAGAGGGGGCCAAGGGCUCCUGACCAAAUAGGAAGAACAUGUGAGCAGAGCAAAAUGAAAGGAAUUACAACCAAAACCCCCUCCGAGAAGACAGGCAGCAUGGAAGGCAUGGUGGAGAUGACUCAAACAAAAACUAUGAUUCUAGACCAAAAAGGAAAAAAAAAAAAAGAAAAUCCAGGACUCAACCACCACCCACUUCAUCCUGCUUCCUCCUCAUCAAGUCCCACCACUUGGGACCUCUCCACACCCCAGUGUUGAGAGUGGGGCAAAGAGAAGAGGAGGAGCAGGGGGCAGGGAUGGGGCAGAAGCCCUGACGUUGGUGGAGGGACCCCCGUGCAGCCGGGGUGCUGGGGACCCUCCCCAUCCAAUCCUCACAACUGGGAAAAGAAAAACAAGAAAAAAGAAAAUUCCUGGGAGGGGGAAAAAUAACCAAAUCCCAAGCUUUAACUACAGCUGUGAAACCAAAUAUUGGGAAGGGGGUAGGAGGGAGGGAGGGGCAGGUGAGCCCCAGGUCUCCCCCUGGGCCCCCCUCCCCCGAGGACUCGAGAUAAGGCACCAAAUACCUCAUAGAACUUUAAUGUUAAAAAAAGGAAACCAAAUAUCGUUGGCUGGGGGCCAGCCAGGGCAAGGGGCUGGGGGGCUGGAGGGAGCCAGGGUUGGGAAGGUGAUGGGGGAAUUCAUGCCCCCCACCCCCAUCUGUCCCUUCCACUCGGGUCCCCCGUCUCGACUCCGGGAAACAAAACUAUCUCAUCGUUUUUAUUUUGCGGUCUGUACAGAGCCUGUGUCCGUGUGUCUGUGUGUGAGCGAGAGAGUUGGAGGGCUGGGGAGCUUUAUGUGGGGGAUGGGGAGGGAAACCCCAGGGUAGGCUCUGGGCUAGGUUAGAUGUCCAAGGUUGGGGGCUGAGGGCCUGGGCUAGAAAGAGAGGAGAGAUGAGUGGAUUGGAGCAGUGGGGAGCCCUCUGAAUUUCUCUUCUCCCCAACCCUGAUCUCCUACUUAAGGGAGGGACAGAGACUGGGUCUACCUUAAUGGUGGGCCUUUUCAUUGUGCCAAAAAAAAUUGAUGCCAGUAACUAAACCACCUCUCUCUGUUCUCUUCUGGGGGGUGGGGGGAGUGUGUGGGGGGGCGGGUAGGGAUGGGGAACCCAAGCCCCAGCAGGAGUUGGGGGCUGUGAUCAGGAGGAGGGGAAGGAUAUGAGUUUUCCACCCAUCUCCUCCCUGGAGAAGGCCGUGACAGGCUCUCCAAGCCCUGGGGAGAUUUGGCAAGGAACUAGCCAAGUCAGGGUGAACUCUUGACCUGACUAGUUUUUCUAACCCACCUGAAUCCUAGGGUGCUUCUCUUCCUCUAGCCCAGGGUAGGGGGACUUGAGUGAGAGAGAGAGUGAGACAGCAAGAUUGAGACACGCGGGCCCCCACUGGUCUCUGAGUGGGAAAGGCAAGUGCGAGAGAUAAAGGCCUCCAAGAGAAAAAAGAAACAAACCAAAGAUUUAACCAUUAAAAAAAACCCCACAGACAACUCCGCUACCUUUUUAUACGUUGGGAAAAAAAGUGAAAAAAAAUUAAAAAUAAAAAUUAAAAAUACACAAAAACUCCAAGCCGCAGGUCCUUCAUGCGGUUUAAACUUUGACCUCAGCAGUCUCCAAAGCAAGACGACGAUGACAAAGGCGGAAACAAAGAAAAAAUAAUGUAUAUUUUUAAGUAUUUGUCCUUGAAUUGUUAGCUCCUUGUUAAACAAACAAGAAAAGGAGAGAAAAAUCCAGAGAGAAGUAUUGCUGGGAUGGAGACUACUAUUUACUAUGUCUGUGACCUCUUCCCUCUGCCUCCCUCCCCUUCCUUUUUCCUGUCUUCUAUCCUUGCUGCCCCUCCCCCAACCUGUCCCCCAAACCCAGGGGCUCAGUAUUUAUUUAUUUAUAUAAUUGCAGGGUGACUGGGGGUCUCUCUCGACAACUCGUAGAGGGCCUUUGGAUCAUGGUAGGGUGGGGAAAGGGCAAGAAGUCUUUGGGAAGAGCAGGGGCCUGAACUUUGAUCAGCUCCUUUCUGGCCUCUUGUCCCACUGCUGCCACCAUCACCUUCCAAAUCCAGGGCUGCACUAGGGUAAAGUGAGCACCCUGCCUUGUAAAGACCUGAUUGGCUCAGCCCAUUUUGGUGUGGGUGUCUCACCUCCCAGAAUAACCAGGUCAGACAGAAUGGGGGUGAGUGGAGUUGGAGGGGGUGGCAAGUACAAGGCAAGGGUGCCCAAAAAGCAGCAUCCAGAAAUCAGCUCCGGAGUAGACUUGCCUUUCCUCCAUCCUCACCAAGUUUGCCUCCCUUUCAGUUCCGUCUGACCCCUGUGUUGGUAGCCCCUUCCUUCCUUUCCUGUACCCACUCCCUGUCUCUUCUCGUGGUAGCGGGUUAGCGUUUCAGUGUUCUUAACUCCAAUCUGCUUGUUCAUUGUACAAUGUGCUUCUUUUAAGGCCCCAUUUUUGUAACUUGAGUGUGUCAUUCAUCUGAACAAAAAACAUCAAAAAAUAAAAAAUUAAAAACUGUACAGAGAGAAAUGA